AUGUCUUUGUCUUUUCUGUAUCAGACCCGCACAAUACAGAGGGCAUGGCGCCUUCCAGCGACGAGGUCGAUUGUACGGUACGCCAGCUCGAGAGCGGAUGACAACGACGAGGGCAACAUCCCUUUUGAUUUUGGGCAUGGCACGUCGGCGAAGAAACAAUGGCGAUCCGGCAGCGACAUGACACACGAAGCGCUCAAGGCGUCCAACCGAACACUCUCGCCGAGCGAGGCGCAUAUCUUCAAGAACAUUUUCGACGAGAUCACGGCGGGCAACAUGCCCAAGCCACGGCGCCCAUCCACGCCCCCGGCGGAAGGUGGUGGCGCAGACAGCAUUCUCCAGUCGGGCGCCAUGGCGCCAAAAGCGGCCCCGGAACGGAUGACUGAAUUUCGCAAUAAGUAUCUGGAAGCAUUCCCGCAAUCAGUGCGCAACGCGGCAAAGCAGGCAUUCAACAUCCUCGAGACCCCGAGCGAGACGGAGUUGGAAGAGAUGUCCCCCGAGGAUCGCCUGCUGUGGGAAAAGCGUGCCCGUUACCAGGAAGUACGGGAUGCCGAGAAAAAGCGGAUGGAGGCCAAGAUGGAGGCCUGCCAGGAUGACUUUGAGCUGUGGCAAGUCAUGGAGCGGGAGGUGUUCAGCCUCAUGGGCAAACUCGGUGUUUCGCAAGGCGAGAAGACGAAAAAGACCAAGUCUCGCGGCGGGAAAAUGGCCAAACUGCAGGAUGUUGUGGAGCGGGAGUCGGUCGCAACCACACCAAGUGAGGCAGCUGGAGAGAAGGACAACGAGCAUAUCAUGGACAUUCAUGGCGCGCUGUACUCACACUACCUUCUCCACGCACUCAAGCUGUUCAACACGCAGUUUGCCAUACCGUCGCCUUACACAUUUCAGAUCUUGCCACAGGUUAAAUCGCUCGGUCUAACAUCCUACAUUUUGGGCGUGUCGACGUCAUUCUACACCAACCUGGCGUCCAUCCACUGGAAUCGCUUCGGCGACGCAUCUUCAGCUCUUGACCUGCUGGAGGAAAUGCACAAUACGGGCCUGUACGCGGACUAUCAGGCCGAGGUCUUGCUGGGCAAGAUACGCCAGCACGUGGCGAGCUGCCAGCUCGGGCUCCAGGGCCCGUUCGCCAAGGCCAUUACAGACGUGGCACCCUUUGAUGCGAGCUUGACGGGAAGGCUAGAAGAGUUGGAGCACUUUGUACGAUACUCUAUGCGGAGAGAUGAGUGA